GGCAAGAUGGCGGAGGAAGGGCCCGUCUGCGGCUUCGUGUUCAAGAAGCGGGGCCCGGCGGCGGGAAGGGGCCGGCGCAAGCGGCCCAGCAGCGACCAGGAGCGGGAGAGCAGCGGUGAGGAGAGCAGCACGGUGGUGAGGAAGGAACGGCGAAGGGAUACUCCUAACCCUAUGAUUCAGAAGACCAGGAGAUGCACGAAGGAGAAGGCCACGUAUGCGCUGAGCAGCAGUGAGGAUGAGGAUCCAGCAAAGGACAUCGGAGUCACUUACAAAUCGACAAGGUCGGCGAAACCCGUUGGCCCAGAAGACAUGGGAGCCACAGCAGUGUAUGAGCUGGACACAGAGAAGGAGAAGGAUGCCCAGGCCAUCUUUGAACGUAGCCAGAAAAUCCAGGAGGAGCUGAGAGGAAAGGAAGAUGAUAAAAUUUACCGUGGUAUUAACAACUACCAGAAGUAUGUGAAGCCCAAGGACACGUCCAUGGGAAAUGCCUCUUCAGGGAUGGUCAGGAAAGGCCCCAUCCGUGCUCCAGAGCAUUUGAGGGCCACGGUCCGAUGGGACUAUCAGCCUGACAUCUGCAAGGACUACAAAGAGACUGGGUUCUGUGGCUUUGGAGACAGCUGCAAAUUCCUCCAUGACCGCUCUGACUAUAAACACGGCUGGCAGAUCGAACGGGAGCUGGACGAGGGUCGCUACGGAGUCAAUGAAGAUGAAAACUACGAGGUGAGCAGUGAUGAGGAAGAUAUGCCUUUCAAAUGCUUCAUCUGCAGAAGUUCCUUCAAGAACCCCGUGGUCACCAAGUGCAGGCACUACUUCUGUGAGAGCUGUGCCCUCCAGCACUAUCGCAAAUCCCAGCGCUGCUAUGUCUGUGAUAAACAAACCAACGGCGUCUUCAACCCCGCCAAAGAGCUCAUGGCAAAACUGGAGAAACGCAAAGCAGAGGAAGGAGAAGAAGAAGAAGAGGAGCAGCAGCAGCAUUCAGACACCAGAGAGGCUGCCCAAUAGCAGAACAGCUUGGUUUUUGUAUCUAGAUGAAUAAAGCUUUAAUGGAGGAGUUAAAAAACCACCCUCCCAGCAGCUGUUUGUAUCCAACCACCAGCUCCUGCCUGUGCUGGACUCUGCUGUGUGAAGGCAGCAGCCAGAGCAGAUGAGGUCAGAUUCCGGCAGCACCAUCCCUGCUGUUUGGUUACUUAAUCACUUUUCUGACCACGGUGCUGCUGUUUCACUAACUUCACACUGUCCCUGCUGCUCUGAGCAUCAAGCCAGCUCAGAGGUCAUGCCUGUGAUCUCUGAGCACAGAGGGAGCUGAAAGGAGGGAAGAGGAUGAGAAAGAGCUUGUACUGAGUUCAUCCUUCACCCUAAAAAUGCCAACUCAGGGGGAAAGCAGCCUGGGAGUGCUGCAGUUCUUGGGGAGCUCAGUGUGUUCCCUCCAGUCUUUGUCUGCUUUUUGCUUCUUGUUGUUCACAAGAGGCUUAGAACUGCAGUGGGCAACACCUCCUGAAUCACGCCACACCUCCUGAAUCACCCCUCUAGGGUGAGGAAAUCCAACAGCAGCAAUCUCUCACUAACUCAGCCCUCAGCAUUCACAUUGGGAGUUGGACUCUCGCUUUUUUUUUCCCCUUCUCUAAGUACCAACAAUUCAGUCCCUGUUCAGAAUGAAAGAUUUUCACAAGCUGCAGCCUUCAAGCCAGAAAAUGAAGUGCCUUAAGGAAGUAAAUGAGUUCAAAGCCUGCACCACCAGCCUGUGGCAUCAUUUGGGACCUUCUGCAGCAUCUUCCAGCACCAGCAGACUUUAAAAAAAAGACAACUUCAGAAAGAGUUUAUUUGUUUUGGCAAAAAAAAAAAUCCCCAAACCCAACCCUGGAAUAACAAACUGGGGCUUCAAGUACAGUUUACAAACACAAGGACCUGCUGGCAGCACCACUGUUGCCAUCACUCACACCCCCAGGAUUGGAUUCUCAGUGCUUCACUAAAAGAGCAGAAAGACAUCAAGCACCCCAGUCCUUGGAAAGGGUUAAACUAAAAGGCCUAAAUCCACCUCCAAAAGCCAGACAACCAUGGAAGAGCUGCUGCAGCAGCAGGAUGGUCACAGCCACCACUCAAGAGGAAGAAGCUUUUAGCUGGGUCGUGGGGGAAAGCUGAACAGCAAAGGGGAGAUAAUUCUGUACAGGAUGGUCAAGGGAGUUGUGAGCGAGGGGACUUCACAUCAAAGUCAGCUUGGUUUAUCCUCAGGGCCAGGGUAAGUCACUGUGAACAAGCUGGUGAGUGUCAGGGGCUGUGAAACCAGCCCAGUUCAUGGGAGAAGGGGGGGAGGGAAAAAGGGCUGCAGUGCCCUGUCUGACUCAGGAGUCUUCAAAAGCUCUCUCUAGCACUGGAAGAGAAGCAGCCCAGUGGUAAAGAGCAAUGCCCAAUGCAGCAAGUGUGCCUGGAAGGGAAUGGGCUUUCAUCUCCCCUUUUCCAUCACAAAGCACUGACAAGAACAUCAUCUUCCCUUUUUUUCCCAUCCUCAGAACUUGCCCUGUGCCAACACUGUAACAGUAACUGGAGUAGCUUGAAGAGAAUGCCCAAAAUUAAGUGCUGCCUCUCCCUCCCCUUCACUCUAAGGCACCCUUAAAAGAGAAAGAACCAAAGAGGGGAGGAUGAUGCAACAUUCAACUGUGAGAGGAGGAAGCCAGUGAUUUGUUUUUUAGAACAACAUAAAUAAGAGCUAAAACAGACUCAAACCCAUCUCAGUGAUGUACCUGUGCUCAGCUGCAUGAAGUAGGUGCUCCUGGGAUAUGCCACAGUCCUUUGGGGUUGUUCCUUUCCCAGUUCAGGUCUGUCCUUUUUUGUUUUCAGGCUAUUGAAGUAAACAGGCAGUUGCAAAGUUCCUUCCCAAGGACCUGUAAACUCUUCUACGUGUAACAUUCGUCAUCUUUGAUGAACAGGACCAAUAAAUUACAAUGUCCACAACCAGGUAAUAAGUCUCUGGUGGGGUUGUUUUUUUCAUCCCCUCUCUAGAAUUCCCAGUCAUCCACAUCUAGCUGCUCCAGGUUUGACACCAGCCCAAAAAUGCCACUGGGAUCCUGAGGCCGUGUCCCUUCGAAGUUGGUGAUGGGAGUGACGGGGCGCAGCAGCUCGGGCAGCGCUUCAGACGCACGGCGCUUGAUCUGCAGCCAGAGGAGGGAAAAGGGGCUGCUGAAAUGCUCCCCCCAAGGGCUGCCCCUCAAAGCCAGCACCACCCUGGGUGGGUACAAGCUGAAAGGAAGACGGCAGCUUUCUCUUUUCCCCCCAACCCUGCACUGAGGGAUUGCAUCGAAUCACAGAAUGAUGGUUGGAAAAGAUCAUCAUUGAGUCACAGGGGUUGGAAGGGAUCUCUAGAGCUUAGCCAGCCCAACCCCCUGCUAAAACAGGUUUCCCUGGGCAGCCUGGGCCAGGGCUCCCUCACCCUCACAGUAAAGCAGUUUUUCCUUGUGUUUAAGUGGAA